UCCCCAUUGUACCCAUAAGACCAUUAUUCAAUUCUAUAAGGUAACUCUAGCUUCGGUCCCCCACCCCCCACCCCCCAUGAUAGCCCAUUAUAUUGGCUACAAUAUAGAUACAUACAUGUGUUUGUACAUUCACAUUCUUGCUCACCCCCUCCUUCAUCCCUUUUCCUCUCUAUAUUUCAACUUCCAAACUUCACACACUAAAUUAAGAUUAACUUAUUUAAUUAUUGUUUUAGUGAUUAACAAGCUAGAUAAGACCGCUGGUACGAGGUAUAUUACUUACAUACGACGACAUGGAUACGGCUACUCGCGACUUCAUGAACGUCGACUCCUUCUCUCAGCUGCCCUUUAUGCGUCCGCCGCCGCCGCUGAAGGAGAAGCCCAUUAGGCUCUUCGGGCGAGAAUUCGGCGGCGCUGACCCGGCGGCAGUGACCGACGCGGUAGGGCAUAAUAAUGAGUAUAACGGCGGGGGAAUAAUAAUGAGCCAUCGGAGAUUUGAGUGCCAGUACUGUUGCCGGAACUUCCCCACUUCUCAGGCCCUCGGCGGCCACCAGAACGCCCACAAGCGCGAACGCCAGCACGCCAAACGGGCCCACUUCCACUCCCCGGCAAUGAUCAUCGCCGCCGGCGCCGGCGUCUCGAAUUACCGCCUCCUCCACUCCGCUCCCGCGCCGGCGACUCCUCCUUUCUUCCCGACUGCCGCUAGGGUUUACGGCAGCCGUAUCGCCGCCGCCCACGGUGCUGCUAGUCCUUACUCUCAAACUCCGAUCGAUGGGAGUCCACUGCCCCUAUGGCGGCUCCCGACGGUUCAACAUAAUUCUUCUUCAUCUCAUAACCACCGUUUAAUGCAUCCGCCGCCGUUGUUAGCUAACGCGCCGCCGUCUGUGAUGGCGAUGAGUAGCCCUAAUGCGCGACAAAUCGGGCGGUACGGGUUUGAGCCAAAACCAAGCGUGAAAGAUCACAACGUGAGUUUAGAUCUACGCUUGUAAAUUCAUCUUUUUGUUAAGAGAUAAUUUUAAGUUUUAACUUUCUUUCUUAUCUUAAUCUAAGUGGU